UGAUGUGUGUGUGUGUGACGGUGGCAAGUGUGCGCUUGUGUAGUGGAACUAAACACCAUCCACCCACCUUGUGUACCUACUACACCACAUCGCUCGGAUCGUGGUCGACGUCGACGUCGCCCGCCGUGAACCGUGCGCGCUCCUCACAGCCAAGCUAGCCUGCAUCGCUUACGUUCGAAGCGUACAUCGUCGUCCUCGGGAAGUAGGGCGCUGCGCGCUCGCUCACAGUGUCUCGAGUCUCUGUCAACAACAACAACAACAAAUGAAGAAAAUCAAACGGCGGCAACAAGAUGCUCAGCGGGAGUGUACGCGCUCUCAAACGCGGCGCUCGUAGAGCGCUUCAAAAAAACAGCCCUUUUCAGGGCUAACAAUACUAUCAUGAAUAUUAUUCGUUUCUCAUAUAAACAGACAAGUCAAAAACGUAUCAAAUAACUAGGUGCCUACCUAACUAACCAUUAAACACGCACGACGCACACACAUUAGAUAUAUAAUUAUCAAGAAAAUCUUUAUUGCGAACUAAGUAUGUAGGUACAAAAGAUCUUAUAUAUUGAAAAAGACAAGUACAUAUAAAUGUGUAUUAAGCAUAUAGUUUGACAUAAGGUUCCUAUGUUACCUACUUACAAAACAAUACAUAACUUAAAUACAACUCACUAGAAUUACGUACCUACAAAAACACAUACAUAAUGUAAUAAGUAAAUAAUUAUUUACUUAUAUAUACAUAUAUAAUUUUACUACGCUAGGGCUAGGUUGUUUGUUAUGUGUGUUACACUUGCAUACCUGAUCGGAAAGAAAAACACUUUCACAACACUUGUUUACAUAAACACUGUGAAAUACACGACACAAUAAUGAUCGAAGCGUACGAAUAAUUAAUCAAAACAAUAUAAAUCAAUCUAAUCCCGUCAAAAACAGAGAACAACAAAGUGAAAAAGCGCGCGCUUCAUUCGAAUCUGACAGUACUGCCUCCGUUUUCCGCGCGAAAUGCAAAAGAAAGCCUAAGGACAAAGACAAUUUGAAAAAAUAUAUAUAUUUUUUUUUUUAUGUUAUACAUGUAUGUAGUGUAGGUAUGUGGUGUUUGGCUCCUUUUUUUUUUUUUUUUUUUUUUUUUUUUCUUUUCUGUUUGAUAGUGGCAUCUCGCAGCUCAGCCUAGGAAUAGAAUUAUUUUCGUUUGUUUUAUUAUUAUUUUUUUAUUUUUUGUCCACGUGAUCGCGCUUGCGCGUUUUGCGAGUUACACUCGCCCGUUCGUCGCUACAUACCCCUCCCACUUAGUGAGACGCGCCGGUCGAGUAUAUAAAUGCCGCGGACGCCCGGAUUUAAAAAUUAGUUGUUCACUCGACUGUCGUCGCGCUCGCACUCAGAGCGUAACUUGGUGAUUUUCCGUGAUAUUCUUAACCAAUCUUGACAAUGUCCGGUCGUGGUAAAGGUGGCAAGGUUAAGGGGAAGGCAAAGUCCCGGUCCAACCGUGCCGGUCUACAGUUCCCCGUGGGACGUAUCCACAGGCUGCUGCGUAACGGUAACUAUGCAGAGCGCGUCGGUGCCGGAGCGCCUGUCUACUUGGCCGCCGUGAUGGAGUACCUGGCCGCUGAGGUUCUCGAGUUGGCCGGUAACGCGGCCAGAGACAACAAGAAGACCAGGAUCAUCCCGCGUCAUCUGCAACUGGCCAUCCGCAACGACGAGGAAUUGAACAAGCUCCUAUCCGGCGUGACCAUCGCUCAGGGUGGUGUGCUGCCUAACAUCCAGGCCGUGCUGCUGCCCAAGAAGACCGAGAAGAAGGCUUAAGCGUUGCUUCGAUGGGAUAAUAUUGUGUGGUGUAUACAUGCAUGCGCGCAUUCAUUCGCGCCAUGCACUCGUAUACCUAUUGCAAUAUUGUAUCGCGUCGGACGCGCUGAGCUCGUCGCCCUCGUAUGCAACACACAUACAAACAAAAGGCCCUUUUCAGGGCCACAAUAUGAUUCGUCGAUACAUAAUCCAAUGUUAAAAAAAGACAGUUUCUUUAUCAGUGUCGUCUCAAAACGUACAAGUACAACGCUGUAGACUAGGCAUAUUAAUUACGUGUGCUAGGAUGUUACUCGUCACUGCGCUGCGCCGUGAUAAUUCUUAGGUUAGGUACAUGUUACAUACCUUCAUUUGCUGCUGCUGCCGCCGCCGCCGCCGCCGCUGCGUAGCCGCGCGCGCUAUCGCCGCGCGGCGCACCACCUCGCUGCAGGCGCGCCGUGCUUUGCCUUUCCACGUUACCUGUACAAAUUAUGUAAAUUCAUUUAUUUAUUUAUUUAUUUAACAGUUUAUGUACACAUAAAUACAGACAAGAAUAAAUAAUAGAUUUGAGAGAAUUGUACAAGGGCACAGCUUAUCUCACAAGAAAUUUCUUCCAGCAGGCCCGUUAUGGGAGUGUUAGAAUUGAAAAGAGAUACAGAUAGACUGUGUAAAAAGAAAGAAGAUAUAACCAAUAAAUAAUCACUAACAUUAACUACUUAAAUACAUAUACAAACACACAUUCAUUGAAAUAAUAAUAAAAACAUAAGA